AUGAAUUCAAAAUUCGAGACUGAUAAACUACCCAACGAAAUUGGCGAAGCCCCCGAUGUUGAACGAUCUUCUGUUCUAGACUUUGGAAAAUCAGCCCAACUUGACCAUGGCGCUGACACUCAAUUGCACCGUGCCUUAGGCUCUCGCCAUUUAACCAUGAUUGCCUUAGGAUCUAGUAUUGGAAUGGGUUUUGGCUGGGGAGCGGACAAAGCCUGGGCGGGUUCAAGGGAUUCCUUGGCUGUUUUACUCACCUGUGUCUUCUCCAUGUCCGGCUCCGAAAAUUCAGGCCUUGUGGCAUGUGAGGUCCAGAAUCCAAGGAAGUCCGUUCCCAAAUCUGUCGGGUCAAUUUGGCUUCGUUUAUCGGCUUUUUCCCUGUUGGGGUCCCUCAUGGUUACAAUCUCUACGGAUCCCCAUAACGCCAGUCUAUUAGGAGCCGGAGGAAUGAACGCGUCUCCGUUUGUGCUUGCCUACCGAGCGGCAGAUCUCAGUCCCCUGGCUUAUAUUACCAAUGCGGUCAUUCUUGUUUCGGUUUUGUCGACCGGGAGUAUUACAAUUUACACCACAUCUCGCACUCUGAUGGGAUUGGCACAUCUCGAUAUGGCUCCGAAAUGUAUGGCAUGGGCUGACAAGUCCGGUCGCCCGUGGUAUGGAAUCGUUCCCAGCGUUAUCCUAGGUGGUGGCUUGGCCUAUCUGAAUGUCAGCCAGGGGGGUGCUACAGUUUUCAACUGGUUGUCAAACUUGGUUUCUCUGUUCACCCUGUUUGGCUGGGGAAUGUUUUGCCUCACGAAUAUCCGAAUGCGACAUGCUUGGAAAGUCCAGGGAAGAUCUACUGACGAUCUACCCUGGAAGUCCUGGACAUGGCCAUGGGGCGCGUACUGGCUGUUGUCGUGGUCUAUUCUGCUGAUUAUUCUAGAGUUCUACCUUGUUGUCUGGCCGUAUCAUGAAAAGAUGGGAGCCAAGACCUUUUUCGCAACAUAUCAUAGCGUUCCGACCAUUGUGGUUCUCUAUAUCGGAGCUCAGAUCUACUACAGAACUCCGCCUUGGACAGAUGCAGCUUCUAUCGAUCUUGAUGAAGGACGUCGCUUCUAUGUCUAUGAUAUCGAGGAAGAGAGGCCAAAGACGACGUUUAAGAAGAUUGUGUCGUUUGUGUUUGGUUAA